CCCUCUGCUCACAGCCUCAGUGACAGUGAUGAUGAAACACUUUGUUCAGCAGCUUCUUCAUGUCGCUGCAGAUCCUCACCAGGCUCGUUCGAUUCGCUGCUGCAUGAACUGAGAGCUGCAGAUCAUCCGGAACUCCGAGGAUCUGCGGUGACCCUUCAUUUUGUUUUCCCGUAUCAAGCUGCGGAGCCAAACACCGAAAGGUUUGCUGCAGAUGGGGGAGUUUACAAGCCAUGCUCUGGGACGGGUAACCGUGUACUCCAUCCAGGGCUGCCCACACUGUGUGCAGGCUAAGGCCACCCUCGGGCGUUUGGAAGUGCCAGUAUGUGACGUUGACUUGGGGAGGCAUCCGGAGCUGAGAGCGGCAGUGAAGCAGCUCACCGGACGCAGCUCAGUCCCUCAGAUCUUCUUCAACAAUGUUCAUGUUGGCGGCAACGAUGACCUGCAGAAAUUGGCUCCUGAGGAGCUUCAGAGAUUGGUGAGUCUGGUCAAGGAGGAGCCUCUUCCAGCAGAUGCUCCGCCUGUGCCAGAGAAGAGCCAAUCAGAAGAGGCAGCUGGAGAGACCGAUGGAGAGUUUAUGUGUGAGAAAGAUGAGUUGGCCGACCUGGUACAGGACCUCAAACAUGGCAGUGUUAUUGGCAGUCAAAGGAAGGGGCUGUCUGUUUACAAAAAGAGCUUCUCCGGCGAUCAGCUGGUAGACUGGCUGCAGAAAGAGAAGGGCAUGGCCCGGGCUGAGGCCUGUAGCACUGGACAGGCAUUGUUGCAGAAGAAGUACAUGGUCAGUGUGCGUGGCUGUGGGCAGCAGGAUGGCGGUUUUGGAGAAGGGGAAAACGUCACUGACGCACUGUACAGGCUGCUGGAGGAUGACCCUCAUUCAGCCCUCAACGCAGGACAGACUGCAGGCUGCAGUGUCAAACCGGCUGCGGAGCUCUCUCUGCUUUUACGGGAGUUGAUUCUGAAACUGUUCUCUGAGCAUCUCUCUGCCGACGGCAAGUCUGUGGACUACAAAGGCAUGUCGUCGAACCCUGCGUUCAAGCGUUACUCUGAGCUGGCCAUACAGCUACAGAGGGUGGAGCUGCUGUCCCUGAGCCGGGAGGAGAAGCUGGCCUUCUUCAUCAACACCUACAAUGCACUCGUCAUCCACGGGUUCCUCCGCCUGGGGGCCCCCACCAACAUGUGGUCAAGAUACAGAUUCUUCAACUAUGUGAGCUACCUGAUUGGGGGAGAAGUGUUCACAUUGCAGGACAUCGAGAACGGCGUGCUGAGAGGGAACAAAAAGGGUCUGGCACAGUUUCGAAGGCCCUUCUCCAACACGGACCCAAGGCUUCAAGUGGCUCUCCCGAACGCAGAGCCCCUAAUUCACUUUGCCUUGAACUGUGGUGCAAAGGGCUGCCCGCCUAUUAAAACGUACACUCCACAGGACAUCGACAGUCAGCUCCGCAUAUCAGCUGAAGCCUUCCUGGAGAACGAUGAUGGCUGUGUGGUAGAUUCUGGGAAAAGAGAAGUGCGACUCAGUCAGAUAUUCAAGUGGUACAAGGCCGACUUUGGAGGCACCGAUGAGAACCUGCUGAAGUGGGUGCUGGAGCACAUGGGCGCCUCUCCGAAGAAGACCAGCCUGCAGGGCGUCAUGUCUGAAGGCAAAACCAAGGUCACCUUCCUCCCUUAUGACUGGAGCUCCAACGGCUCCCACUGAGCAUCUCCCUCACAUACACAACAAACCCAGCUAUACACUAUGUCCCUUUGCAUCUGUCUACUUUCUCCUAAGCUGCAUCUCCGUAAACAUCAUGCAAUUAUUCUUAUGCAAAUCAAACUGUAAAAUCCAAAGGGAGCCGUCUUCACUGAACUCCAAAAUUGUAUUUGUCUCGUACGUUAAAUGUUUUUGUUUCAGGUAAUGCCAAAAACAACAGGAUGCCGAGCGAGCCUAUUUUAGAAAACAAGACGCUCGACAUUUUCUACUGCAGCGGCAUAUUUAAUAUGAUGAAAUGCACUUCGAAUGAGUCGUUGACUUUUCGUAUUGAUAAAACUAAUGAAACUCUAAAAAACAGCACAUACACAUCUCAAAUUAUUAAAGAUGAAAUGAUCACAGAGAAUUCUGCAUCCGGUAUUAUAGGUCUUUAAACAGCACGUCAGCAACUCAGGACUAAUAGAGGAUUAUGAUCUUCUCAGUCCACUUCGACACAUAUUUGAGGCUACUUCACAGUGAGAUGAUAACUUUACUGAUCUAAAUACUCUGCCUUGAUAAGCCAUAUCAAAAUACCUUAAACAAAACACUCAUUCGAGUGUAGUGGUCUGCAGAUUGUCCAUAGAGCUGGUCCAUUAUUCCGACAGCGUCUUCAGUAGCCACAUCUCCACCUUCGUGAACUGAAUCCAGGCCCUGAAUUAAAAUACUGUGUCUAUGUUUUCAGAGACACAGAAAGAUGCAGUGCUCAGACUUUUGCAUGUCUUGGAUCUGUUUUUAUUCCUAACCCCUGUUGGCAUUUUGGUUCUCCCUCUCUUCCACAUCAUCGUCCACCCUCCCUUUCUAAUCCAGGUCUUCCAUUUGAAAUUGCAGAAGUGCUAUAACUGUGUUUUUUCAGCACAGGUAUUUAUUAAGAAAUUUAAUAAUUUUGUGAAUAAUGGAAACAUAUGUCCAAGCUGCACCCACUCGGGAUGCACUCUAUCAAUCUACACGUGUAUCACCAACUCUGCUGUUGAAAUAUAUUUGUACUUUUUCACAAAGAAAAAUGUUGUCGCAAUAAUGUUCUGUGUGAAUUUGACUAUUUAUUCAAGCAUGUCUGUACUUUUUUUUGUUGUUGCUAAAAUCAGAAGCAAUUAAA